GACAGCUUAAAAGAAAAGAGCCCUCCGUCAGUAAAUUAGAUAGAGCCAUUUACUCUGCUUCCUCCAAGCUUCCCUGCCAUGGCCAUGAGCUUGGUGAUGAUUUCCAAGCAAUAUUAAGAGAACAUAUUGUGCCAUUUAGUGAGAUUAGCUUCAUGGGCACCAUGCUUGCCCAACCACCAAUCCCAGCUUUCCACGCAAUUCCACCAAUGCUUAGAAAUAGACCCACAAACAUGGCGGUAGCUCCUCAUAGUUUUCUCUCAGCCACACAUCAAUGGACUCAAAGCACGAGAUUUGGACAGUGCCCAUUUGGGUUUAGGACCACUUACACAGUUAGAGUUGCAGAGCAAAGUUCGAGCCUUAUUGGGGACGAGACACCCACUGAGAUUAAGACUGAGCUUUACCAAGCACUCGAAGGAAUCAAUAGAGGGAUUUUUGGGGUCCCAUCUGCGAAGAAAGCUGAGAUUGAGGCUCUGGUGAAGCAGCUGGAGUCUCAGAAUCCUACUCCAGAUCCUAUUCUACAUUUGGAAAAGAUGGGUGGAUGCUGGAAACUUGUUUACAGCACAAUUACAAUUUUAGGCUCCAAACGAACAAAGCUAGGAUUGAGAGACUUCAUCUCCUUGGGUGAUUUCCUGCAGAAUAUUAAUGUUGCUGAGGGCCAAGCAGUUAAUGUGAUCAAGUUCGAUGUGAGAGGAUUGAAUCUGUUUAAUGGACGACUGACGAUUGAGGCCUCCUUCAAGCAAGCAUCCAAAUCAAGAGUUGACAUCAAAUAUGACAACUCCACAAUCACUCCGGUUCAGUUGAUGAACGUGUUUCGGAAAAAUUACCAUCUUCUGCUCGGAAUCUUCAAUCCAGAGGGUUGGCUUGAGAUUACAUAUCUUGAUGAAACCAUGAGGAUCGGAAGGGAUGAUAAAGGCAACAUCUUCAUAUUAGAGAGAUCAAACGAAAAUUCUCUUCAAGUGUCAAGCUAGAUUCAGUUCGUUGUUAUAUCCUUACCGAUUGAAAGAUCAUUUUUGAAGAGUACAUUUCGUUGCUGCAUUGUAGCACUUUUGAUAUUUUUUGUAAUUGUAACUCAUAAAGCUGCAUAUCUGCGGUCAUCUUUUUUCCAGAGAAAUAAUGAAAGACGAAGAUAUGUGCUUUCAUGAUGAACGAUUUCAGAAGCAUAAAAGGCAGUUAAUUGUAAUGUUGGCUGCAAACAGUCCACUUGCCCCUACUUUUCUUCCAAGCAGACCCUUAAAAAAAGCCUCUUCUUACUUAUGGGGAAAACCCAAACUUUCACUGCCCUGCCCUGUAACAGUAAAUUUGUACUUUUAUUUGGAUACAAUGGGGGCAAAGAUGCCCAAAGACAAUUCCUCUCCCAAGUUAGAGAUAAGGCCAGCGGCACCAAUAGUGUUAAAAGUCAGGCUCAGCUUCAAGAGCUCCCCAGAGCAGCUUCAACAACCAGUUCUUGAGUAUACUCAUCUUUGGAUUGGAGGCA